AUGGUGUUCGGCAAUGGACUUCAGUUUGAAAAGCCUCAACUCAAAGGAUGGUUGGAGGACCAAGGCAUAGCUCAUUGCUUUGCUUCAGUCGGCCGACCACAAGCCAAUGGCCAAGUAGAGGCAUACAACAAGUUGAUCUCCAAUGGAAUCAAGCGCAAGCUUGAAAGGGCAGGCGGCUUAUGGGCUGAUGAGUUGGUUAAUGUAUUAUGGUCCAUACGAACCACGACCAAGAGCUCCACAGGAGAAACUCCAUUAAUUUUGGUCUAUGGCGCAGAGGCUGUCCUUCCAAUUGAGAUGUAUGAGCCGACCCUUAGGGUGAUGCUAUAUGAUGAAACGGCUAAUUGGGAAGCCAUGAAGACCGCCCUAGACUUCCUUCCUGAGGCUAGGGGCAAUGCGACGCUAAGACACGAAAUCUAUCGCCUAAGGAUGACAAGGGCAUACAAUCGCCGAGUGUCAAAGCGGGCGCUAAAACUGGGAGAUCUAGUCCUAAGGAAGAUGAAGGUUGUGGGACGAGCAAAUGAAGAUGGAAAGUUGACCCCAAACUGGGAAGUGCCGUAUCGAAUCAGGGAAGAAGUCCGAGAUGGGACUUACCGUCUUGAAGCCAUGAACGGUCGACCUAUUCCGCGUACAUGGAACACUCACAAUUUGAAGAAAUAUUAUGUUUAA